GUGGGCGGGGACAGGUUCUAAAAGGGAAAAGUUUAAACUGAGGGGCGGGAUGAGUUCGUAGAGGGAGAGUUUCAACGCCCGAAGAGCGAAGGAGGAAGGUCUUGGCAUCCUCGUAAACAAACCCAUAUCGUGUGGAUCAUGGCCUCCCAGAACAUGGAUCCGGCCGCGGCUUCAUCCACCGCGGCUCUGAAGGGCAGCGAGACCGGGGGCGCCGCCGCGAAGGGCUCGGUGUCAAAGAGGCUUCAGCAGGAGUUGAUGACACUAAUGAUGUCUGGAGACAAAGGGAUUAGCGCUUUUCCCGAGUCGGACAAUCUCUUUAAGUGGAUUGGUACCAUAGAUGGGGCACAUGGCACGGUUUACGAAGGCUUGAGGUAUAAGUUGUCUUUGGAGUUUCCUAGUGGUUACCCCUACAAGGCACCCCGAGUGAAGUUCAUCACUCCCUGUUACCACCCCAAUGUUGAUGAGCAUGGUAACAUCUGCUUGGACAUCCUGAAAGAAAAGUGGUCUGCUUUGUAUGAUGUCAGGUCAAUACUUCUGUCCAUCCAGAGUUUACUCGGAGAACCUAAUAAUGAAAGUCCGAUGAACGCAAGUGCUGCUGAGCUUUGGGAAAACCAGGAAGCCUACAAGGCCCACCUGCGUGCCACUUACAAGAAUUGACCUGAGGGAUUCACCAUCAUUAGUGUCAUCGUCUUAAUUUUAAGUGUCUCUUUCCCUGUGCUUGUGACUAUAAAUUAUGCUUUUUUGUGUGUGUGUACAGUGUGAUUUUUUUUGUAUGGAAAAAUUGAAAUAAAGCUCUUGUAAAUCUA